AUGAGAAGAACGUGUCUGGGAGGUUCAAACGUCUCACCUUAUAUUGAAGGAAUGAAGUUUCCAUUAAAUGAGAAUCCAGUUGAAACAAAAACUAUUGAGAAAGAUUUAAUAGUCAAAUUUGAAACACAGAACAAUAAACUACAAGCAGUGGAUGCAUCAAUUGAACAACUCAAAAUCCAAAUGGAACAUCUUAUUAAUUUUUCACAACAGAUAAUGAAAGGAUUAAAAAUAUCGACUGAGAAAUCAUUAGAUAACCAAGAUUUGAAAGGUGAUACGGAACAAGAAGCUGAAACAAAACAAGACGAUGAUACGAAACAAGAAGCUGAAACAAAUCAAGACGAUGAUACAAAACAAGAAGCUGAAACAAAACAAGACGAUGAUACAAAACAAGAAGCUGAAACAAAACAAGACGAUGAUACAAAACAAGAAGCUGAAACAAAACAAGACAAUGAUACAAAACAAGAAACUGAUAGUACGGAAAAUGUCUCAAAAAUAUAG